AUGUCGGGUUUAGUGCCUGACUUGUUUACAUUUUCUAGUGUUUUACAAGCAUGUGGGGGAUUAGGGGAGGUUGACGAGGGCCAGAUAGUUCAUGGGUUUGUGGAAAAGAUUGGGAUUAAGAAGGACGUGAUUGUCUGCAAUGGGUUGCUUUCAAUGUAUUUUAAAGUUGAUAGGCUAACAGAGUGUUGGAGGAUUUUUUAUGAGAUGGUUGUUAAAGACACUGUUACUUGGAAUACCAUGAUUUGUGGGUAUUCCGAGUCUGGUUUGUACAGAGAGUCUAUCAGGUUGUUUUUGGAAAUGGUGAGUCAAUUUGAACCUGAUAUGUUGACAAUAGCAUCUGUUCUUCGCGCAUGCUCUUACAUUGGGGACCUAAAGUUGGGAAGAUAUGUCCAUGUCUAUAUGGUUAAGAAUGGAUAUGAAUGUGAUACUAUAGCUAGUAAUAUUAUUAUUAACAUGUAUGCCAAAUGUGGUGAUUUAUUGGGUUCAAGGCGAGUUUUUGAGAGCAUGAGACCUAAAGAUUUGGUAUCAUGGAACUCACUAAUGAACGGUUAUGUUGAGAAUGGACUUUAUGAUGAAGCAAUGGAACUUUUUAGGAGGAUGACGAUGAAUUNAAACGUGUCGGACCCGUACUUGACAGGGCAAGAGUGGGCCCGGCGAGUUUUUGAGAGCAUGAGAACUAAGGAUUCGGUAUCAUGGAACUCACUAAUGAACGGUUAUGUUGAGAAUGAACUUUAUGAUGAAGCAAUGGAUCUUUUUAGGAGGAUGACGAUGAAUUUGCAACCUGAUUCUGUCACUUUUGUGACACUUCUAUCUAAUUGCACACAAUUGAUAAACUUAGAAUGGGCGAAGGAACUGCAUUGUGAUAUAAUAANAUCUAAUUGCACACAAUUGAUAAACUUAGUUUGGGCAAUGGAUCUGCUUUGUGAUAUAAUAAAGAAAGGAUAUGAUUUUGCUCAAGUUGUGGGUAAUGCAAUUGUUGAUGUAUAUGCCAAAUGUGGAGCAGUGGAGGAUUCACUAAAACAAUUUAAAAACAUGGAAAUUCGGGACAUAGUAACAUGGAAUACUAUUAUUGCUGCAUCUGGUCAUUCUAAGGAUAGUAAUCUAGGUUUCAGAAUGAUGAACAGGGGAUGGUUCAGACAAUAUCAUCUCUCUAGUCAGUUUUUAUUAGACCAUUUCUUGCAUUGA